GCCGCCACAAUAAUAUAUACUCACGUGUAAAUUAUCAAUGUUCAAUGUUGAUUGUUAUAAACUAUAAUAUUUACACUUGACAAUUGACUUCUGUACAUUGUUAAGUAGAGUAAAUUUUGUUGGUUUUACGUAGUUUUUGAAAAAUGAGUAAAAAAAAAGGAAGCGGAAGUAGUGGUCAUAGUUUUGGUCGAGCGUUGAUCAAAGACAGGUUUGGUCGAAGCAACAAAACAUUAAAUCGUGACUCAUUUCUGCAUACUGCUGACUUGGCUGAUGGUUAUGACUGGGGUAGACUUAACUUACAAUCAGUAACUGAACAAAGUUCAUUUGAAGAGUUUCUGUCUACAGCUGAAUUAGCUGGAACUGAAUUUACAGCCGAGAAAUUAAAUGUUGAAUUUGUACCCGAAUCUCGUAUGGUUGGUACUUUGACUAAAGAAGAAAGAUCCAAAAUUGAACUAACUCACAAAGAAUUCAAACAUUUCAUAAAAAUUCCUCGAAGACCAAAAUGGGAUGGCAAAACUACUCCUGAAGAAUUGGAAACUAAAGAAAAACAGAAUUUCUUAGAUUGGCGCCGUAAUUUAGCUGAAUUCCAAGAAGAAAAAGAAUUAAUUCUGACUCCUUAUGAGAAAAAUCUGGACUUUUGGAGACAACUUUGGAGAGUUGUUGAGAGAAGUGAUGUAUUAGUGCAAAUCGUGGACGCUCGGAAUCCUUUACUUUUUUAUUGUGAUGAUUUGGAAAAAUAUGCAAAAGAAGUAGAUAAAAUGAAAACGAAUUUGUUAUUACUAAAUAAAUCAGACUUGUUGACGGUUGCACAACGAAAGUACUGGGCAAAAUAUUUUGACUCUAGAGGUGUGUCGGUAGCAUUUUAUUCAGCUAAGCAAAGUGAAGAAACUAUAGAAGAAGGAAAUGAAGAAGCUGAAGAACAAUCUGAAAAAAAAGUUGAAGAUGAAGUAGAAGAAAAUGAAAUAGAAGACGAAGAAGAAGAAGUUACCGAGGAAGAUUGGAACAGUUCGGAUUUUGAAACUGAUGAAGAAGAAGAGGUAAUUGGAGACGUUGUUGAAGAGUGUCCGAAAUUCAAGAACUCAUUUGACUUGUUGUCAAAAGAAGAACUGAUUACUUUCUUCAAGACAAUUCAUGGUAAUCGAAAACGUCUAUGCGAUAGUUUUGUUACAGUAGGAUUAGUAGGUUAUCCAAAUGUCGGUAAGAGUUCUACAAUCAACACUCUAUUAGCCAAUAAAAAAGUAUCUGUGUCAUCCACUCCGGGAAAGACAAAACAUUUUCAGACUCUUUUCGUAGACAAAGACUUAAUGUUAUGCGACUGUCCGGGUUUAGUGAUGCCAAGUUUUGUAUUUACAAAAGCAGAUCUCAUUGUCAAUGGAAUCCUUUCAAUUGAUCAAAUGAGAGACCAUCGGCCCCCUAUGAACAUGAUCUGUUCUCAAAUACCAAGGCACAUACUAGAAGACCAAUAUAGUAUAAUGAUUACGAAACCAUUAGAAGGAGAUGAUCCUGAUAGACCUCCAACUGCAGACGAAUUCCUCAAUGCUUAUGCUUGUAGUAGAGGGUAUAUGACAGCUAACGGUCAACCUGAUGGUGCUCGAGCAGCUCGAGUUAUUCUAAAGCAUUAUGUUAGCGGUCGUUUAUUGUUUUGCGUCGCACCUCCAGAUAUUGAUCAACUAAAAUUUCAUUCUUUUCCACUGCCUGAUGAAAAUCGAGCCGUCAAGACAUUCACGCCGUUUGAAAAUAUUCUUCUCAAGCCAAACGUAACGUCUGGAUCAGAUUUGGAUAGAAUGUUUUUCCAAAAAACCACAAUGGGACCACACAGUAAAGGCAUGAAAAAAGUAGAUAUAAUGGGAAAGGACAACAACCAGUCUCAAUCGAUUCAAUCUAAACCAUGGAAAAAUCAUAAAGAAAAGCGGAACAAACAUGAAAAGUUGAGACGUCAAUUUCGACAUCUUGAUAUAUAACUAAAUAAUUAAACUACUUUAUUUCUUUUGACAUGUCAUGGUAUACUUGUGAUAUUUCUUAAAACUGUUUUUAUUCACGAUGUACAAACAAUUUAAUCAUAGAUGUUAAAACCACAAUAAUAAUAGCCUUGUAGUUUAUCAUGGC